AAUACUAUUACAUUUCAUCAUGUUUUAAUCCGAAAUUGAAUUAGACUUCAUCAACGGAAAUAUGUCCAUCAUUCCAAUUAGCGUUAUUACCGACUGGCUCAACCUGUUCCCUCCGCAUCCCUUGCUGUUUUUGUUUUUUUUUUUUUUUCAUUUAUUUAUACCGCACUGGGCGUCUACAACAAGCGUGGUGUUUUUGUUUUUUCUUUUGAAUUUUUUAUCCAUCCUACUUCCAUCCGCUGGACGAAAUGGCAUGCUAUUAAGCGUAAUAGAUUCAGGAAAUUGCCAACACCGCCAGAACUAAACACCAGCAGAAAACAGGGAAGGGACAGAGAAAAAAAUAACCGUCAGCACAGAGCAAUGGCGCGUGUGAUUCGGGGUUUUGCUCGUUGAUUUUCCACCCCGAGACCACGCCAGUGACCCAGUCUCUGGGCAGUGAACGGACACGCGACAUGUUAAUUGCUCCAGAAAGCACAAGCAUUACCCGAUACAGAACCCGUUACAAAAUAGCACACGUCCGUCACUUUUCAUAAUGGGGCAGUCGACGGUUCCGUUCGUGCCACCGCCCCAUAGCCACAAUCGAAGUUGUACAAAUAAACCACAAUUAGCACCUACCGGCUCAUCCCGGAACGCGUUACGUCUCGCGUCCGCCGUCACGAAGCCGUACGUCAGUGCGCAAGAAGCAGGGCAAGUAAGAACGCGCGGAAGCAAAAUGGGAAAAUUGUUUUAGAUUAGCCUAUCCGUUUACCGCACGACCGAGUUGAGGCGGCCGCUUCCAGCGGCAUUCGGUCGAGACGGCUCCGAACGGGCAUCGGGAACGGACCAAAGGGGCAUCUUUGUUGCAUAUUUCAUCAGCCCACUAAGUGGCCGGGUGCGUGGCCCGUGUGUGUAUGUGUGUGUGUGUGUGUGUCUGUGCAUUGGCGUCGUCUUGGUCCAGCAACGAAAGCCAAGGAUCCAGAGUACCUUGGUCGUUGUUCGCUCGCGGUUCGUGGCCCGCUAUUUACGGUCGUGAAUUAUAUCAUCCUACACAGUGCGCCCUGCCUUCCCACAGUCACCGGGUGUGUUUGUGUGUGUGCGUGCGUGUGAAGACGGGUAAUAAUAUUUGCAUGGUAAAACGGUGCCCAUUUGUCGUCUGGGAUCCCACAAUCCACAACAUCGUUUGGUGGACGGUUGUUGCUUGUGAAUACCAGUUUGUACGCGGUGCCUUUUGCAAGAUUGAACUUGCGACGUGAACGAUGAAGGUUGUGCAUUUGCUAGGCAUUUUUGCGAUGGUAAGCGUCGGUAAAGCGUCACUGCUAAUACCCGACCGCUUUAACACGACCGGUGACGAGAUGGAUCGAACGAACGAACCAGUACCCCAGUCAGCCGGUGGCCCAGUGUGGAAGGACACGGAACACGGGAAGGUCCUGUCGAGAAGGAAACGGUUCAUCGUAUUUCCGGAAGGUUCCAGCUUUUCGGUGGCCGUCUGCAUGACGAUCGGUUUGUACGGCAACCCGAACUAUCAGUUUGUAAGUUGGGCCCUUAACUGGGGCAUCGCGUACAAUUUGCCGAACCAGACGCUCAGCUUCCAGAAGGAGAUGACCGAACCGAAGCCGAUGGUGCAGCGGCGCUUCCGGCGCGAUCUCUACCAGAAGCUCGAGGUGAUCAUGGACAGCAUGGGGUACGAUGGGCGCGACUGCAUACUGCGGGCGCUGUGCGAAAGCUCGCAGUACUUCGGUGGCAAGGGCCAGAACAUGAUAGCGGAGAUGUUGCGCACCCUGUUCAGCUACCCGAAGCAGAAGGUGCUCUCGUUCGAGCACGCCGACCACCGGCUGUACGAUGAGGCACACCGCAAGGGGCGCAAUAUGGCACCGUGCCAAUCGCUGUACGGUAGCUGCCAGUUUUCGUUGCUCGAGCUGGCGCUGGGGAAGUAUUCUACCCCGUACGGGUUUAUAAUGUUCGCACCCGGUGGAAACAGCAGAAAUCGCUUCCUUCUUGAAAGUGGUUUGGAUUCACCGCCGGCGGAAGUGGACUCAUUGAGCGCAGUGCAAAGUACCCCGCUGGCGAGCGAUAGGCAACGAAGCAACACGAUGCGCAACGUUACAUGCGGCGUUGCUAAGAAACGGCAACGAAUAAAGCUGCCGAGCGCGGUAUUGCUUUGGGGUUUGUUUGCGCUGCUGCUGGGCCUUAGCUCAUCCACUGCCGGUGUGUACGAUGGUGCAGAUGAUGGUGGUGGUACUGCUGGAGCAGUAGUGCAGGAUGCAACCGCCCCGCAAAGGAUACUUUCGCGCAAGAGACGCUUCCUGACGUUUCCCGAAGGAAGUUCCUUUCAAGUAGUGUACGAUCAAACCAUACCGAUGAUCGGUGUCGAGCGGCUGUUCACGAUCGGCAUUACAGUCGCGCUGGCGUACGAGCUGCCGAGCAUCACCUUCAACCAGAUCGAGGAAAUGCUGCGUGAAAAUGCGGCCGACGAUAAGAUGGACCUCAACGCGAACAACACCAUCCUGGUCGAUAGCAGCAAACCGUCCACCACACCGGCGCGCAAGAAUAUCUUCGACUACUACUACCAAACACCGGGCCGACCGGCAGAGAACGUGCCCGGCCGUAUCAAUUACUACACCGCACCGGACCGCCGUUACGAUACGGUCGAUCGAUACGGGCAGCGUCUUCCGUCGUGGGAUCGGUUCGUAUCGAACCGCUUGCCGCAUCCACCGUACGCCGAUCCGACGGGGAACGAUUUUGGCAGCAUUGUGAACAGAUACCUUCAAGGUUGGAUACGCCGUCAUCCGCCCAACUAUCCGAUGGCCAAAAAGCGCUUCUAUCCGGUGUUUGGUAAGCGAAGCAUCCGCGAAGACACGGCCCCACUCGAUCGUCACUUUCUCAACCAUCAUCGGACAACGCGCCACACGCUGUACGAGCAGAUUGAGCAGUUUCUUACGGCCAAGGGUAAACACGGUCACCAUUGCGUGCUGCGGGCGCUCUGCGAAAGCGGCCAGCGUAAAGAUGACACCGAGCCGGACACAUUUUUAAAGGAAAUUCUUCGCGCCAUAUUCAGCCUGCCCGCCACCCAUGAACCUCCGGCACACCACAAGCACCGGCUGUACGAUGAAGCGCACGCCCAUGCCGGAAACUGCUCCGAAACCUAUUCCUACUGCGAGGACAGCUUUUGGUCGUCGAAUUUUGUGUUCUAGCCGUGCGCUGCACCUGCCAGUAUGCUUUGCUAAUGAGCGUGUAAUUUACGUGUAAUUUGUACACUGGUAACACACAUCAACUACUCAAACGAUUGGAUGACGCUGAAGUGGGAAGCGGUGUUCACCGGCAAUGUAACGAUAGACUAUUCCACAAACGACGCAAGUAACGCGAAGCAAAUGGAACCAACCGUUCGACACGGCACAGGCUGGGAGCAUUCGUAUAGAAGCGAUGAUAUUAUUUGCAAAAACCGGAUCGUUCGACCGGAUCGUUCUAUACCGUUGGGCUCUCUUAAUGUUAAAUUAAGUUAAAACAAAACACAUGUUUUAAACCCCCGCCACUACGAAAUGUAAGCUGAUCGCUAUGGUUAUUUCGUUUAGCAUGAUAAAUGUCGCAGCCAAUGAAUAGAUUGAUAAUAAAUUGCUCUUAUU